GGUACCCUGGCUCUCUCUAGUCCUAUAGAAAUUAAUGGUACUUAAAAGAAGGGUCAUUUUUGAAGUGUUAAUCUUUUGAAAAUUCAGAGCAUACGGGCUCUUGGGAUAUAUUCGGAUUUUUGUUCAAGAGCACACUAUAGCGAACAAUCACGAAGAGAAUGCUCUCCCAGAUUUGCGAAUUGACAAACCAUUCCCGAAGCUCCUAGAUAUGGCGGUGAACACGGAUUUAAAUUCAAUGACUUUGGAGGAACUGCGACAUACACCCUAUAUAUUGCUUUAUCUGUUAGCUUUGCAACACUACAGAAUUGAGGUUGGAGAUGAACAAGCAUUUCCUGAUACAUAUGCGAAGCGGAAGCAGUUCCUAGAUGUUUUGUGGAAAAUGCGUCGAGAGGGUGAAUCAGGAUCGCCGGAUGCUGAAAACUUCAUAGAAGCUAGAACCGCUUUGCCCAGAUCAUUGCAGAGGAGCGAGGUUCCUCGACGAGUAUCAGAAAUACUUAUGGAUCAUAAAUGUGAUGAUACCUCAAAAUGUGCGCAGCCGUUUUGGAUAAUAUGUGCUGCGUUGCGUCGGUUCGUAGAUGCACAUGGUGUUCUGCCACUUUCGGGAAUAUUGCCGGACAUGACUAGCGACAGCAAAAGAUACUCUCACCUUGCUUCUAUAUUUCGCGAAAAAGCGCUUGCCGACGCCGCUGAAGUCUAUGCCCACACACGUCAGAUUGUGCAAGAAAGAGGUCUGAAUAUCGUGAGAAAGUCUAGCUAA